AUGGCUAACCGCCGAGAAAAUCCAGAUGGGAGGGAUCGAAGGAUGCUGGCCACAUUAAGGGCGAAUUUGGGAAUGCGGGAAGCCCCGAAAGCACAGCCCCAACGGGUUAACCCCACUCCAAGAUCUCGCUACAAAACUGUUGAGGAGGCGUUGGAAUGUCUGAAUAAGGCUCUCGUUCAGCCAUCUACCUCAUUAUACGAUUUUGGUAAGUUCAAUUUGAAUUACAGUGACUUCAAACAUUAAUUAAAACUGUUCAGAACUUUUCCUACGGCAACAAAGCAAACAAUUUGAUGCCGAAACGUGUGAAUUAAUCGCCGACAGUAUUAAAAAGUAUUGUAUGAAGUCUGAAGAGUAUAGAUUCAUCAUAAAAGUGGCCAGUGAUAAUAUAAGUAAGUAAAAGCGUUACUUUUUCAUUUUCUUCGAUGUUUAGAUUGUCUGGAUUUGGUAACAGCAAUAGCCAAAGAAUUUCUGAUCUUGGCAAAUGAGUACAUGACAGAUGAAGACAUCGGGAAACAACAAUUCCCAGAACUGAUGGGCAGUGUGAUUGCCUGGAAAUGGCCUCCGGGCAAAGCGAAAGCCAUCGAAAGUGUGAACCCGAUUCUUUAUCUCGGGAUUAACGUAGUCAUGUCUUGGGUCAAUGUAAUGGACAGUUAUGGUGUAAGCGGAAUCAUAAACAAUUUUGUUAUUGUUCUUCUAAUAAAUUGAUCUUUAACACAAUGAUUAAUGUCAUGUUUUCCAGAAAGCUCCAGAUUCCAAAAAAAGAAACGAAAAAAAUGAAGAGAACAAUGAAGAUGACAGCGAUGACGACAUUGCAGGGGAAAGUGAUGAAGAAGAAGAGAUGUUCUCUCAAGAGGUCACCGAACUGGCCAUCGCCGCUGUUUGCACUGUAUGUAAUGUGGCCCAAAGAAAUUUCUGGCUCAAUUUCAUGGAGGAAUUCGACAAAGUUUUUGUGGUUGUUAAAGCCUUGUUGAUUGCAAACGUUACACUCUCCAAGUGAGUUCUUCUGUUUCGUCACCGUUUUUGUUUUCGAAAAGGAUAAUAAUAUUAUUAGUUCUUUGCAGAAGUAGCAAAGAGAGUCUCCUGAACUUGUACAUUAAUUUGUUUAAAUGGUCCGCUACUGGUCAGACGAAACAAACCACUAGUCACACUCAGACUUAA